AGUCAAACCUCAAUGGCCAUGUACAACCUGAGCAGAAACAAUGCAGGUGCCUUCACCCUUUUGGGCAUCCCUGGACUAGAACUGUAUCAUAUCUGGAUCAGCAUCCCUUUCUGCUUUGUGUAUCUUGUGGCCUUUGUGGGCAAUAGUAUCCUUCUCUACCUUAUUGCAGUGGAGCGCAGUCUUCAUGUACCUAUGUUCUUUUUCCUUUCCAUGCUGGCCAUUACUGACCUCAUAUUAUCUAACACGUGCGUCCCUAAAACCCUAACCAUUUUUUGGCUUGGUCCCCAGGAAAUCAGUUUUCCUGGAUGUCUCACCCAAUUAUUCUUUCUGCAUUACAGCUUUGUCGUGGACUCUGGUAUAUUGUUGGCCAUGGCAUUUGACCGCUAUGUGGCCAUCUGCUCCCCUCUGAGAUAUACCAUGAUUCUGACUUCCAGGACCAUUAUAAAAAUUGCUCUAGGAAUCUCUUUUAGAAGUUUCUGCGUUUUGGUCCCGUGUGUUUUCCUUGUGAACCGUUUACCCUUCUGUAGGACACAUAUCAUUCCCCACACAUACUGUGAACACAUAGGUGUUGCUCGCCUUGCCUGUGCUGAUAUUUCCAUCAAUAUUUGGUAUGGAUUUUGUGUGCCUAUGAUGAUGGUCAUUAUAGACAUUGUCCUAAUUGCUGUGUCCUACACUCUCAUCCUCUCGGCUGUCUUUCGUCUUCCCUCUCAAGACGCCCGCCAGAAGGCCCUGGGCACCUGUGGCUCUCAUGUCUGUGUCAUCCUCAUGUUCUAUAUCCCAGCAUUCUUCUCCAUCCUUGCCCAUCGCUUUGGACAUAAUGUUCCUCGUACCUUUCACAUUAUGUUUGCCAACCUGUUUGUAAUCGUCCCACCUGCACUCAACCCUAUUGUUUAUGGAGUCAAGACCAAACAGAUCCGGGACAGAGUUAUUCUUCUGCUCUUUCCUAAGAGUACCUAG